GUGUUUUUUAACCUAAAUAUUAAUCGGCUAAUUCAUUUAUGCAUAACCUCGACUCGAAAGAGGUGUAGCCUUUUCUAUAAAAAGUGACAUUAAAAUCAAAUGACUAAUAAGCCCAGGUAAAGUUCGUAGAGAAUGGAUUGGAACGGUUCUAUACCUGCCUAUUCUACACGCAGCAGUUCUGACACGGACAACCAUGACAUUCGGCUGGACCUCAGCCUCAGAGAGGGCACUCUGUACAUCCCCAAGUCAGACGGAGGCAGGACACUCAUCAGACGUCGCAAGGGAUCUACGCGGACAUUGUCGUCCAAGAAGCGGUCAUCGUCGCGGAGAAAACGUGAGCUUGAUCAGCUGGAAGACGGCCAAGAUAACCACUUGCUUCCGAGUCUGCGCUUCCUGAAAAGAAACAAAAGAAAGACAUUAAGAGACAGGAAGUUUGACCUUUAUGAGGAGCAGUGCCAAAACCAGGAGGUCAGUACUGCGUUGGCUAGGCAGACCAGCCUUGGAGGGGAGCAGGCGGACGGGUAUGUGACCCCCAAACCUCCCUCCCGCAGUCUGUCCACACUCAAACGAAUGUCUAAGUUGGGGGAGUGGAGCAAGCCAAAAAAAAGAGAGCUGUUAAAAAGGCGAAGUCGGGAGUUUUUUUCCAAUUUUGCUGUUUGGUUGACAUCUUUCAAGGUCAUUGAAGGCAAGUAUGGCACUGCUGUGAUGAGUUUCUUCCGCUUCAUUCGCUGGCUCAUGUUCCUGAACAUCUUUCUGACGCUGAUCUGCCUCUGUGUGAUCCUGUUCCCGUUCCUGGCCCAGGGGUCAAGGUCAUUCAAGGACACUGCGGGGUUGUGGAACCCCACUGCAACCAAUGGGACUGACUAUCAGGGGCUGGCACACAACUGCUCAGCAGAGUAUGAAGUGUACACCAAGGACAAUUUUAACAGAGAAUCAACGUUUCAGAAAGUCUUGGAUGUUUUGCAGGGAACUGGGUGGAUGGAGCGCACAGUGUUGUUUUAUGGUUAUUAUCACAACAGCAGUCUACCCCAGGACGAUGGGGAUGUCUACGUCUACAAUAUGGGACUGGCAUACUUGCUCACAUUUGGGAGUUCAUUCUUGGUGUGCCUCCUGUUGAUUGUGCGCAGCUCUGCCCACUCUGUGAAGGCCACGUUCGGCAGGGAGAGUGCCGUGGCUGCCUACACCAACAGGGUGUUUGCAGGCUGGGACUACGCAAUCACCAAUAAAACUGCAGCCAAAAUCAAACAGGCAAACCUCUACUUUGAGUAUAAGUCAUGCCUCGACGAGGAGAUACAGAAUCGGCGCAGAGAGAAUCGCGAUGCCAAUGACACAGCCACCAUCACGUUUAUACGUAUCCUUGUCAACUGCUUUGUUGUGGUUCUUCUUGGUGCAUCCUUCUUUCUUGUCUACUUCACAACAGACAAACUGCUUGAGCUUCAAGAGCGAGACCUCAGUGAGAUCGUGCUGUUGAUUGUCCAAUACUUGCCUUACCUUACCAUCACUGUGCUCAACUUCGCCAUCCCAAUUGCCUUCCAGAAACUUGUCUUUCUUGAGGACUACUCACCCAAUUUUGCACUCAGGCUCACACUGUUCAGAUCCAUUCUUUUACGGCUGGCAUCCCUCGUUGUGCUGAUCAUAUCUCUGUACAGGCUUCUCAUCACCAACACUAAAGAAGUGUCAGGAUCUUGUGGCAACAAACUCUGGAAUAAAACAUCCCGCGAUGAGAAAGGCAGCAUCAAGUGUUGGGAGACCUAUGUUGGACAGCAGAUCUACAAGCUGGUCUUGCUGGAUCUCAUAGUGGAGACAUGCAUCAUUAUCUUUGUGCAGUAUCCACGCAGGUUAAUCUACAAUCAUUUUCACGGACGAUUUUCCUUGGUGAAGAAAACUGGACCAAAUGAGUUUGAUCUUCCUCAGAAUGUUAUUGACAUCAUUUACACCCAGACACUGUGUUGGCUGGGAAUGUUCUUCAGUCCUCUGAUCCCCCUGAUGACCCUCAUCAAGUGCUUCUGCUUCUUCUAUCUCAGAAAGUGGACGCUGCUGAAGAACUGUGCCCAGACAGAGAAGACAUACCGCACAUCAAGGUCCCACUCACUCUUCAUGUUUGUUCUGCUUGUCUCCUUCGUGUUUGCGUUUGCCCCUAUAGGCUACAUGAUCAGCAGCAUGAAGCCCAGUCAGAGCUGCGGUCCUUUUCGUGUGUACAGCUCUGAAAACUACACCAUGUUUGACUCUGUGUCCGACACUGUUGUUGAAUGGCCGUGGACAAUCAACAGAAUAUUCUUCUUUUUGGGAUCCUCGGGAUUCUUCAUUCCAGCAAUUAUUUUAUUGAUAUUACUGAUCUACUAUUUCUGGUUGUUGGGCAGAGGCUUCAAACAUCGGGAGAAAAUUCUCAGUGAUCAGCUGAAACUGGUCUCCAAAGACAAGCAGUUUCUACUAAGUCGGAUAAGUGAAGUUAUGGGUGCCACACAUACAAUGACCUGAACUGAUGUAGUGCUACUCUGGAUAUGCAUCUUCAUUUAUCAAAUCUUAUUUGAAGAAUCUUAUUUCCAAACAAAGGUGUUUUCAUUAAUUGUUACAAUUUUGUAAAAUGAUUGUUAUCAAUACUCUACAGUUUUAUACUUGUUAUUUUCAAACUUUAUAUUUUCUCAAUGCUCUGCAUUAUGUAUGCAUAAUUUUUAUGAUGUAAAUUAAUCAAUGUCUGUGGGCACUGUGAUAACAUUCCAGUUUGGAUGAUUCAAUGCAAUGAAAUAAGAAAGAAUUCAUCACAUGGUUAUGAAUUAAAAUGUGUUGGAAUGCCUUCAUACAAGUCCUUUAACCCAUUACCGCUUAGAAACAUAUUUUGAUGCUUAUACAGUCCCUUAAAAACUAAAAUUUAUUUAAAGACCUUCCUUACUUGAUUCAAGUUUUAAAGGCUUCAUUCCCAACUCUAAGAUACUGAUGAGCAUCAAGCAGCAUAAAACCUGAACAGACUGCAAGUUACUGUUCUGGUUUUAUGCUGUUUGCACAUAGCCAUUUUCCCUUUGCUUUUGAGUGGGAAAGGGUUAAAAACAUAAUCAGAUUAUUGCCAGAGAUGAUGAUACUUGCAGGCAAGACUUUUGUAGAGGAGAGAUUAUGCACACAUCUGUGAUCACUAUUUCUGACUGAGAUGUCUCUCUUACAUUACAUUCUCAUUGUUAUCAUAGGGGUGUCUGUAAUCUGCAUCAACCUGCUCUAUUGUUGUUUUGUAUAUUUAGUUACAUUCUGAAAUACUCAAAGGAAAAGUUGCACCACAGCACAUGCUGAAACAUUCUGUUAGUUUUCAAAUAUUUGUUUUCAGCUAUGACAAGGUAAACCCAAUUUAUAUUUUAUAUUUUUGUGUGUAUAUAUAUUUUUUCUAUUUAAACUUCUUAUUUUCUGUUGUGUAAGAUGUUCUUCACAUAAAAUCGUUUUAAUUGUUUUAAUAAGGUCAUGGAGAUUUUCAUGGUGUGUAUGGUUCCUAAUAUUAUUUUCAUCAUUGUGAUUAUGAUAUUACAUCUUAUAUAUAAUGUGGUUGUUAACAUAAUGGGCAUCUUGUUCUUUGUUAUGUAUAUAUGCAAUGCCAUUUUACAAAAGUCUGUGUAAUACAUACAGUGUGUAUAAUAACUGUAACAAAUGUUCUUAUUUCAUAUCUAAAUGUUUACGUAUUGCAUUACUUGAAACUUCCUCAAAUCUGUGCAAAACUAUACUGGUCACAUCAUGUUCACUUUGCACCACAUCAUGUUCAGUUGUGUAUGAGGGGUAAACAUUUUUUACUCACAUAUUGAAUGUUGCAUGAGAAUUAUCAAUAUAGAUCCGUGCCUUGAAGAUAUUUUUUAGAAUGAUCCAUGUAUUUCUGUACUCAAGCCGAGAUAUACCGGUACUGUUCUUUUGCAAUCUUCAUAAAUGGUACAGUAAUUUUGUCUUGCCUAGAAAUAGCACAUUGUUGUUAUGUAGUAACAACAAUUAACGUGUAUAUAUAUGUUUUAGUUCAUAAAAAUAAAAUAAUCUGGGAAAUCCAGGGCCAGUUCUAAAAACAUGUUACAUUCUUUUUUGUGUUUAAGGUUAAAAAUUAAGUAAUGAAUUUGUGUUGACUGCAGUACUGUUUAGCAUGUGAUGACAGCAAUUUUACAACCAAUAUACUCAGUUUUAUGUUAAAACUUCUGGAGCCAUAAUAGCUCUCGCAAUGUGUGUUAUUUCUUGAAAAUCCUAUAAAACAUGUUUGAAUAUGAUACUUUGUUUGUUACUAUGGACAUUGCACUCAUUGUUGCACUCAUUGUGGAAUUAAAAACAGCAGGUGUUUGUGCCAUUUUAUAUCUUAUAAAUAUGAUCUGUUCUUCCAUUGUCGUAGUGAUUUUACAUUUUUUGUAUUUUUAUUUAGUGCAUAUGUUUUUAUACUCUUGAUAUAUUCUAUGUAUUUACAUUUUAUUAACGAAUAAAUCGUUCAUUAACAA